AUGUACAGUUUUAUUUUUCUUAUUUCAAUUGGUGUCGCCGCCGCUCAAUUUGGACUAACAGGAAGUCCUGGAUUCGGAGGUCGUACCGGUAGUACAAAUGGACCGGUAAAAUUUAAAAUAUUAUUAUUUUCGGCCGCACUUGGAAUGGCUCGAAGUGUCGCUGUCGCGUAGCGGUGAUUCAUUAUGACAUCUUUGAAAUCAAGCAAUUCCGAGUGCGACCUUACUAGAGCCAACUUUGUACAAUAAGGACCACUUGGAGGGGACACUAAUGGGACUGCUACAGCGGCUUCUAUAUUAGUAACUAUUUUGCGUGCUAGUGGCCACUUAAGUAGUUUUUAGUGAUCUAAUAGUACCAUUUGCAUUUCUAAAGAGGCUAAUAAAUUCUCACCUUUUAAGUGGCGACUAAUUCGACUAAUAUACAGCUACUAAAACGUCAAUACCCUAAGGUGGCUAUUAAAAUUUUAACAGAAUAUUAUGGAAGAUCUUAAAAACCUAACUAAACUUACUGAAUUUUUUUUUCUUCCAGUUUCUCGGAAAUAACUUUGAUGACGAUUUUGGAGGCUUUGGUGUGACUGGACAGCCUAAUAAUGUAAGUUUCCAGCUUUAAAAUUAUAUUCAAGGCUCUUUUCUUUCAGAAGUUUGGAGAUCAGAAUGGCAUUUUUCGGAGGUUCUGGGCAAGACAACGACGUGAGCUCACUUUUUUGAAUCUCUUUAUACUUAUCAAAAAAAUUUUAAGGCUUUUGGAAACGGAUUUGACUCGAGCGGACAACAAUCGGGGGUGAAUAAAACGGACUUCAAACCAAAAACGAACCUUUGAAAUUUUCAGCAGUUUGGAGCAAAUCCGAAUGGCGGCUUCGGAGCAAACACGCAGCAGCCAAACGUGAAGUUUUUUCGAACCUGAAGAGACCUUUAAAUCAAUUUUUAAUCAAGAAGCGGUUGAAAAUUGGAAAAGCGGAAAAAUUUUGCAAAAACUACAGUUUUGAUUUUUAGCCAUGGAGCACAUUUCAAAGAAACGACGAAUUUUUUCCAUAUUUUUUCCCAAUUUUGCUUGCACUUUCUUUCUUAUUUUGUUUCCGAGAUAUCAAAUCACAUUUCCUUAUAGUAUGAGACUAUUUUAGCAGUUCGGUGACGCCCAAAACGGUGGAUUUCCUAACUCUAACGGUCAACAACCUGGCGUGAGUUUUGAUUUUGGUUUGAAAAUUGGAAUUUCUUUUAGGAGUCUCACAUAGUUUUCUUUCAUUUAUUUUUAUUUUCGAUUGAUUUCUGAGUUUUGCAGCAGUUCGGAAACAACCAAAACGGCGGAUUCUCUAACCCGAAUGGACAACAACCUGGAGUACGUUUUAUUAUUAUUAUUUGUCAUGGUUCUAAUCAAAAUUAUUCAAUUCUUAUUCCUGAUGUUGAAUUAAAUUUAUGAGUUUUUUUCAGCAGUUUGGAAAUAACCAGAAUGGCGGCUUUCCUAACAACAACAACAACGGACAACAGCCUGGCGUUAGUAACCAUUUAAUUUAUAUAAUAAGAUUAAAAGUCGAAACUUUUUCAGCAAUUUGGAGGUAAUCAAAACAAUGGAAUCCCGAAUUCGAUCGGACAACCACCUAGUGUAAAUUUUGAAUAUUUUUUUCCUUGAAAAAUAAUUUUUCACAGUUCUUUGAAUUAGAAAAAAUGACAAAUAUUUUUCAGCAGUUUGGAAAUAACCCAAAUGGACUUCCUAACAACAACGGACAACAACCUAGCGUCAGUUUUCGAAAAUAGUCGAAAUAAAUUUCUUUGUAGGGAUUUUCAAAAAAUGAUAAUUUUCAGCAAUUUGGAGGCAACCAAAACAACGGAUUUGGUACAAUUGGACAACAACCUGGGGUAUAUUAAAAUUCUUUCUUGCAUGUCUUUUUUUGAAGUUUAUUCAAAUCAAAGAUUUUUUUCUGAAAAAAAUUUGGAAAAAAAUUUUUUUAAAAAAAGUGGACAUAUAUGUGGAUAUUUACAAUAUUAAAGAAGUUAUAACAUAAGAAUAUAAAAUAAUUGUAAAAGUUCAAAAAUUUUUUUCCCAAUUUUACAAGAGGCUUCUGAAAACUUUGUGAGUAUUUUUUUCUAACUAAAAUUGAAAAUAUAAAUUUUUUUGAAAUAUUUAGCUUCAAAUCAUGAUAAUUUUUCGGAGGGAUCAUUGAAAAUUUCAGCCUUUUUUUGAAAAAUUAUUUGUAAGAUUACAAGAAUUUUUUUGAAAUUUACAGGGUCUAAAAUGGAUAUUUCUUCUGGAAAAAGUUUAAAAAAUUUUUUUUAGCAGUUUGGAGCAAACCAGAACACUGGAUUUGGCACAAAUGGACAACAGCCAGGAGUUAGUUAUUUCUCCCAUUUUACUGUUUCAAACAUGAUUUUUGAAUGUUUCAUAGCUCUUUGUGAUAGUGGAAUAACGUCAAUAUGCAGAAUACAACUUUAAUAUAAUUAAUAUUUCUUUUCAGCAGUUGGGCAACACCCAAAACAGUGGAAACCUUGGUUUCGGAGGACAACCUUUGAAUGUGAGAUGAGAUUUCAAUCAAUAUUCAAAAAUAAAAUACUGAUUUUUUUUCAGAACGGUCUCGUAGGUCAACCUGGACUGAACACUGGAAAUCAGGUUUGGAAAAAAAAAUUCCCGCGUUUUGAAAAUUUUUUUUCUGUGGGCCCUCCUUCUCUCUCGGCGACUCUCUUAUUUUGGCUCGAUAUUUUCAUGUUUCUCUGACCUCGCCGGUGAGAGAACAGAGAGACGCAGACACUGGAAAAGUUUCAAGUCUAUGAAAAAUGAAGGGAAACUAGACGGAAAUCAUGAUUUUUUUUGAAGCAAACCGGCUUCCGACAACCUGGUCAAGGAGGUCAACAAGGCUACUACGGACAGUUUGGGGUAAAAUUUGAAUAAUUUGGAAUAUUGCCCUUUUUCGGGACUUAAAAGGGUGGGGCUUUUCUCUGCCCUCCUCUCGGGAACUCUCUCAUUUUGACGUGCCGGGAUGCCAAAGGGCGUGGCCUGUCUGCGCUCUCCACUAACCAGACACUGUCUCUUUUUUCUUAUCGUGUCAGGACCCUUUUUUUCGUUGGCUCGAGCCACCCGUGAAUCAGCUAUACUGUAUUUUUUUUGAUAGUUCAAGCCAUGGUAACAUCAAAAAGCUAGUAAUCCAACAAAAAGGGCAGUUUAUUGACCAAAAAAUGGAAUUUUUCUAAAAAAUGAUCAUCCUGUUCAUUUCCAGCAACUCCAACCAACUCAGCCGGUCGCCGUCGACAUCUCCAAGCCGAUUUUCGGAAGAAAAAGAAAAUAA